GUCUCCCCCUCCCGCUCUGCCCGCCAUGUUCUGGAGGAGGAGAUACGUGUAGCCUGGCUUUAGCUGGUUUAGCAUUAGCAACACAUAGCUAGGCGGAGGCGCAACAAGCUCCCUGAACGCCAAAAUAAGUACUCUUUUUUUAUUUUACCCUGGAAUUGGCAAAACUCGUUUAUGGGGUUAUAUCCGUGGAGUAUCAGUUAUAUCUGACGUAACCCAAACGACAUGGUGAUGGCGUGGUCAUGUUUGCAGCCAGCACUGUGUGUGUGGUGAUGGUUUUAACAGACGCUGUUCUGGAGGACUCAGGAACACUGCACUGGCCUGGAGAAGCCUCAUAAACAAACACACACAUACACAACAGACACACACACACACACACACGCACGCACCUGUACACAAGAUUGACACAUACACACGCCACCGCCGUGCCUUGAGAAAGGACACAGGCGCACGGACACGUAACACAAGCCUGUUGCACGCGCGCACACAUUUACACCUUCUGUGUGUGUGUGUCCGUCCGUCUCUACUCAAACAUUAUUGGUGCCCUAGCUCCUCUCCUGUGUGAGAGCGUGCGUUUUAUUUCUCCCCGUCUGUCCCAUCGCCGCCGCCACCAUGCCGAGCUCCACCAUCCGCCGGCAGAUGAAGAACAUGGUGAACAACUACUCUGACGCCGAGAAGAAGGUCAGAGAGGCCACUUCCAACGACCCCUGGGGCCCGUCGUCUUCGCUCAUGUCCGAGAUCGCCGACCUCACCUACAACGUGGUCGCCUUCAGCGAGAUCAUGAGCAUGAUCUGGAAGCGGCUCAACGACCACGGCAAGAACUGGCGCCACGUCUACAAGGCCCUCACCCUCCUCGACUACCUGAUAAAGACAGGCUCAGAGCGAGUGGCGCUGCAGUGCAAAGAGAACAUCUUUGCCAUCCAGACUCUGAAGGACUUCCAGUACAUUGACCGAGACGGCAAAGACCAGGGCAUCAACGUCCGGGAGAAGAGCAAGCAGCUAGUGGUCCUACUCAAAGACGAGGACCGUCUCAAAGGAGAGCGGUCUCAGGCUUUGAAGACCAAAGAGCGUAUGGCCCAGGUGUCCACAGGGAGCACUCAGAUGGGUUUUGGCCGAGGCUCGUCUCAGCCCAACCUCUCCACUUCCUACAGCGAAGAGUACGGCCGGUCAGAGGGCUCACCUGCGUCCUAUCAUGGCUCCACGUCUCCCAACGCGGGUUCAGAACUGGAGCAGGCCAGACCUCAGACCAGCGGAGAGGAGGAGCUACAGCUGCAACUGGCUCUGGCCAUGAGCAGAGAGGCUGCGGAGCAGGAGGAGCGCUUGCGCAGAGGGGACGACCUGAGACUACAGAUGGCCUUGGAGGAGAGUAAGAAAGGAGGUCCAGAAUCGGCAAAACUGCCCAAGAAGAAGAGAGAGCCACAAUCAUCUUUAAUGGAUCUGAUGGAUGUCCCUGAGCCUGGUGCCCGUGCUGACCCCUGGGGGGCCGGAGUUGGAGCCGGGGUUGCGGCAGCCUCUGCUUUAGAAGACCCCUGGCACUCUUAUGGGUCUGCACCUAAGCCAGCAGCCCCAGUGGACCCAUGGGGUGUUACUCCUUCUGUUCCACCCAUGAAGAGUGCUGAUCCCUGGGCAUCAAACUCUACUCCUGCCGCUGACCCCUGGGGCUCCGCAGCCGCCCGCCCCAAAACUUCCAACACAGGUAGCUUUGACCUGUUCAAUGCAUCCAACGGUACGUCUAAAGAGGACUUCUCAGAAUUUGACAGCCUGCGCUCUUCCUCCUCUGUCCCCACUGGUGAUGGGGGCGUAGCAUCCUCUCUCCCCUCCCAAGCCAGUCUCGCUAGCAGCAGCAGCAUGGACCUCUUCGACCCCCUGCCCAGCUCCAUUUCUAUGUCUGCCACCACAAACCCGACUAGAAAGACUCCGGAGUCCUUCCUGGGUCCCAAUGCUGCCCUGGUCAAUCUGGACUCCCUGGUGACCAAACCAGCCCAGCCUGCGCCAGUUGUCAACCCAUUCUUGGCUUCAACAGGUGGCUCUGCUCCAGCUCCUGCUCCAGCUUCAGCAGCCCACGCCAACCCCUUCCAAGUGAGCCAGCCAGCCCCCCCGACCCUCAACCAGAUGCGGGUCAGCCCCAUGCCCGCCAGCUUUGGCAUGGCCGAGCCCAUGGCCAUCUCCUCGGGGCCCGCACAGCCCAUCACCAUGGUCCCCCUGGCAGGCAUUGCCCCCAUGGCCCGUGUCAUGCCCGGGAUGGUCGGAGGUGUGGGGAUGAGUGCGGGGAUGCCGGGCUCCAUGUCCUUGCCCCAGCCCCUGAUGAGCAUGCCACCCCAGGCCGGGACGCAGCCCACGGGAACCACCAACCCCUUCCUUUUGUGAGGGGGUGACCGGGGGGGGGGCGACUUUCCCCAUAGUAACACCACCUCUCUCUCUCUUACUCUCUCUCUCUUCCACUUUGGCUCCUUAAGAAGCUUCAAAAUGAACAAGGAGAUAUCUUAUCCCAUCAAUCCCUUAAUAACCAACUCCUAGCCAGGUCGUAGUCCCCCCCCCCCCUUAACACACUCCUUCCUCCUUUGUCUCAAUGCUACAAGCUGCCUAGUCCUGUGUGCUCCAUAUUGAUCCGACGAUGGUGUUGAUGACCGCGGAGAGUUUUAAUCUGUCUAUGGAUUUACACAGUAGCAGUGGUGUUUACAGUCUUUCCACAGAGACGGGGCCCCUCCUCCCUGUCUCUCAUUCACUCGCCUCCUCUCCCUCACUUCUUCCCUUAGGACUGCUCUGUUCUUCUUCUGUGGUGGAGUGACAGGAGAGUCUGACCAUACUAACGCCAGGAUCUUAUCUCUUCACUUGAGCUAAUCUUUUAUAAGCCCUGCGUGUGUGUGUGUGUGUGUGUGUGUGUGUGUGUGUGUGUGUGUGUGUGUGUGUGUGUGUGUGUGUGUGUGUGUGUGUGUGUGUGUGUGUGUGUGUGUGUGUGUGUGUGUGUGUGUGUGUGUGUGUGUGUGUGUGUGUGAUCUCAGUACUUUUACCCUGUAUAUUCCAGUGGGUUUUACUUAUACACACUGGAGUACGGAUGAGAGGUCAGUGUGUUUAUAUAUAUGUGUGUGUGUGUGUUUUACUAAGCAGGGAUUUUGCACAAUUUUAUGUCUAUUUUUAUUUUUUUUUCUGUCUGCGACUGUUGGGCUCACCGUUACACCUUAGCGUAGGGAAGGAGGCUAGCCGCUAAAACGGCUUAAACAACACACAGCCUCAGCUCUCGGUACCACUCGGUCACAACUCUCAUCUGGUCACUUCCUGUCAACUUGGACCUUUUUUCCGAUCCUCCACGUGAACUUUGACCCUCCCGUGGUCACGGGAUUAACAAUGAACAUUUAUCAAAGGGGGUGAACCCCUUGGCCUAGGGAUUGAAAAGAUGCGUAAACGCAAUUUCUGUCAAUGUGUGUGCGCCCACACGCAGGUGUACUGUUAACGCUUGGAUACUAACGGCCACACGUUGAUGCAUUUGUUACUAAGUCUCCCCCAGUGUGCAUUUAGAUAAAGAAAAAUAAUAAUAAAAAUACAUGAACUGAGAUGGCAUCAGUAUUUUGCUAUCGGAACAUAUGGAUGCACUGAGGCAUCGUGGGACAGUUUUUUUCUUCUUCUUUUUAGUUUGUUUCUAGGGUCAAAGGGAAAAGGGUGGGGUGUGUGCGCGCGCACAGUUUGCAUGAGAGAUACGUGUAGCUUCCAAGUGUACUUCAAUUUCUCACCCAGUCAGUAGAAACCGACUUAGAAACGGCUUUAGGUAGUUUCUGAAGUGCAAGUAAAAACGGGGGAAUAAUAUAGACAUCUGCAUUAAGUCUGUGUGUGUGUGUGUGGGGGGGGUGUGCUUGCAUGUGUUUUUUGUGCAACCAUAUAUCAAGGAGUGUUACUAUGGUGACAGGGUUGCCGAGCAAGCUCUGGGUUUAAAGAGCAAGUCAACCACUCGGCAUCGUGAAGAGAGUUUACCUCCAAGUGGAUUUACUGUGGCUAAUCUAUGUACAAGAACAUUACCGGGUGGACACACACCCACUCGCACACACUCACACAGGGCAGUUCCAGGAUCGGUCUAUUGAUAGCACAGGGAAUCCCGCAGCAAACAGUGACACAUGUCAUGUAAACAAGCCGUUGUUCAUUUUGUUGGUCACUUUUUGUUGUGGUUAUUUACUAAUUUAGAUGUAAAUCCAUAGCCAAGCCUUUUCAGAGUUUUGGAGCUGUGUGCUAGCUAAGCCAUGUAUCAUCUUCAUUCUCUCUUUUGUCUAUUUUCUGUCAUUGUAGUUUUUUUUUUUUUUCACCCUAUGGGUAGGCUACAUAAUUCUCUUCUCUUAGAAGCACAACUGUUACCAAAGUCAUAGGGACUGUGAUUUCUGAGGGUGUCGUACUUUAAAUAGUUUGAAUAGUUUAAACAGUAGGGUCACACUUCACUGACAUUUUUUUUUUUUUUCUGUUCAUCGAUCCAUUGGUUUUUAUAUAUAUAUUUCAGUGCUAAUUUACAGUUUGUUCAAGAGUUUGUGUAAGAAAGUGUUACUGUUGGCUGAAUAUCGGCACAUUUACUAACGGUAAGCUAAGCGUCUGUCUCUUCUAUUGGUUAAAAAAAGUGGGUAGUUGAAAUUCAGCUGAUGAAUUGCACCCGGUGUAUAGAUCCUUCUCUUUAGGUUGCUGUUCCCCCCCACUCUUCAGUUCUGGUGAUAUCACUGCCAAUGUUAUUACUGUGGAGGUGGUGUUUUUUCUUUUUCCUUUUGGUGUGCGUUGGCGCCCUCUCCUGGUCUGCUGUGGUAUGAUAGCUACACCACAGGACCCUUGGUAUUUCCACUAAACACAGACUUUCAUUUCUCUCAGGCAAAAGGAGGGGCAACUCCAACCGUGUGUAUGAUUUUUGAUGAUGCUGAAGGUGGGUGAUGAUGAUUUUUAAUGCUCGGGGUCCUGAAUGAAUGGAUGUGACACUUACUUGCAGACCAGCAAACAUUUUUAAUCUCAACUAAAUAUAUGCAAAAAUUGGAGUUGGAAAAGUAAAAAAAAAAAGAUAAGACUUAACGCUUGAUGUGUUUUGCAAAGUUAGAUUUGCUAAUAAAGUCUUGUUUAUUAAAAUGCUACUAUGAUAUACUAGCUAAGACUUCCUCACUGGCCUUGAUUUCACUGCGGCCUGACCUUUUAACUUCACUCCAGCGAUUUGUGAAAAAGGUUGUUAUGGAUGCAUUGAAAACACAAAACGUAAACAUUGCUGUCUUGAACAAAUUCAGCACUCCCAAACAGUCCGAUGUCACUGCAGUUGAACACUUUUUCUUGAUCCCUGGCAGCAGUUUCACAGUCGUGGCUAUGGUGCAGUGAAAAUGUGGCCUGUGCGUAGCGAGCUCCUCUGCGUGUUACUAUGUAUUCACUAUGCUUUUAUCAAGAGGACUAACUGACCUUAUGGACUGUCUGUCUUUAUAUGCAUAAACGGCCUCCUUUUAAUCUUUUCCGUGUCUGUCUAUUUACCCUUCUCAUAGUACUGGGAGCAGGCUGCUUUUUUUUUUUUUAUUGGAUAUGUGCUCAAUCUGUUGGCAUUAUAACUGUAUAAUAUAAUUUAUCAUUUGUACUAUUGUAACAUACUGUUCCUCUGUAUACCUUAUUAUUCUGUGUAAUGGGUUUUUGUAGGAAAAGUCACCGUGGUAUUUUAACGGCAUCUAAACAAAUGAACGCAGCAGGCCGCACCCUGUUGGAUGAGGACAUCUGUAGCUGCUUUGGUUCAAAAUAAAAUGUAUCACUUCAGCUCUGUAA